AUGAGCCAACUCGACCGGCACGAGGCGGAGGCCAUGCAGCACGUCCUGUUCGAGCAGUACGCCGAGCUGAAGCGGCUCUCGGCGCAGCAAGGUGCUGGCAGCGCUCCCGCCAAGCGUCCACGCGACCCGGACGGCGCCGACGUCGACACCAAGCCCCGCCUCGUCCUCCACCCUCCGCUCGCGUCGACGCCGCCGCCGCCCAGGGUCCACGUCGAGGGCUGGCACGCCGUCGCCAGGGCGCUCGCGUUCUCGGGCCAGGUCCCGCCGCUCCUGUCGCGCGCCCUGUUCCGCCUCGCCGCCGGCGAGAGCGCACUCGACGCCGCCGCACCCGGCGUCGACCAGAUCCCGUCCGCCGUGCCCUGGCCAGCAGGGUCGCUCGAGCGCUUCGAGAAGGGCCGCAUCUUCCACACGCGCACCCCUGUCCGCAAGGCGAGCGGCGCGCCCAACUGCAUCGAGCUGCACGAGCUCCUCCGCCCCGAGUCGAUCCGCGGCCUGUGGAUGAACACCUUCCUGCCCGAGGUGGACCUGUUCGGCCCGCUGUUGCCCAUCGACGGCUUCGAAGGCGGCCCGCACCGGUGGCGCAACGUCCCGAUCCACGUCUCGGGCGACAUCCACACGGACCGGCUGCGCGACGUCGCCUGCGCCCGCGCCGGCAUCGCCAACAAGGCCCGGUACAAUCAGAAGGACCACGCCGUCGUGUCGGCCGAGCUCGCGACCCUGUGGAAGCUCGUCGCCGGGCCCAACUGGAACGCCGUGUACCCGUUCGGCGCGAGGUGCGUCCACUCGAAGGCGUUCGUCAUCAAGUACCCCGAGUGGCUCCUCGUAGUCAUCACGUCGGCCAACGCCAUGCGCGGCGACAUGGAGCUCAGCGACAACCACUGGUUCGUCCAGUCGUUCAAGAAGCUGUCGAGGAGCGAGCGCGGCCACCUGUCGACCGACUUUGAGCAGCGCCUGUUCGCCCACAUGGCCGACCUCGGCUGCCCCGAGUCGUACCUCGCCGACCUGCGCGGCAAGUACAACUUUGGCGCGACCGUUGACCGUGUGCACCUCGUCCCGUCGACCCCUCGAGUCAAAAACAUGCCGGCCUGCGACGACUUUUCCGUGUUCCGCCUCAACUCGCUCGCGCAGCAGAUCAUCCCCGAGGCCGAGCGCCACGACGUCGAGCUCGAGUUCUGCUGCGGGAGCGUCGGUCCGCUGCACGAGGCGCAGGUCUGGGUCAAGCGGGUCGACCGGCUGCUGAGGGGGAGGAACCCGCAGCGGGCGGUCGAGGGCGACGUCGACGGGUGGGAGCUGCCCAAGUGGCGCGUCGUGUUCCCGACGAGGGAGACGGUUCACGCGUGCGACGACGACGUGCGCUCUGUCGCGUCCAACAUCGGCUGCUGCAUCCGCACCUCGGCCUUCCCCUCGGCGCCUGUCGACAUCCGCUCCAUGUUCCACGACUACCAGUCCAAGGACUACUCGAGCCUGUUCCACGAGAAGAUGAUCCUGUGGCGCCGCCCGUCCUCGUCGACGUCGCCCUCGCCCUCGCCGACGCCCUACAUGAUCUACCUCGGCUCGCACAACCUGUCGAAGGCGGCCCUCGGUGACCCGGUACUCGCCCCGGCGCGUGGCACCAAGCCCGCGUCGCGCAAGCUCACGGCGCAGAACUUUGAGCUCGGCGUCGUCGUGCGCGGCGAGGACCUCGUCUCGAUGCUCGAGCCUGGGCCGGGCGCGUCGUGGGAGGACGUCCUGACGUACGUGACGCCGGCGAGGCCGUACAGGAGCGGCGAGGUGCCGUGGAACAGCCCGGCGUGGGUCGCCAACGAGGAGUGA